CCCAGCCCGGGCCUUUAAAUGCGGGCACGCAUGGAGGCCGAGGCAGAGCGCCACGAGGCAGCAGUCGAGUGUUCCUUAGAGUCCCCGUCUCUCCGCCGCCGUCUGCAACCGCUUGACGUGCCCUCAGGCCUCAUCCUUCUCGGCUCUCCUUUCCGACCCCAAAUGGAGCCCAAGAAGUCCUCUGCUCAGCACCAGCCCCACCACACGGAGCCGAAGAAGUACUCUCCCCGCGGCUCCGGGGCCGCGGCCGCCGCCACCACCGACGCCGAGUCCCCGUUGAGCAGCCUGUUCUAUCCGCCGGCGCACGGGGCUAAUGGGAAAGAUCAGGACUUGUACAGCAUUCUCUACAAAGGGCAGAGCGGGAGUGCACAAGCUGGCAUGACAGGUAAUGGUAAACCCCAAUGGACUCCUUCGAAAAGUCGUACCGCUUACACCAAGGAUAGUGAACAUUUACAGACAUGUGAUUCAGUUGAUACGUCGUGUUUUGGAUCAUCCGUGCAUUAUGGUGGUAGAGAUUAUUUCUACGGCAGCUCUACAACCAAGCAAGCCACAGAAUCCUCCAAUGAUGUGGACAAGAAGGAUCCAGCCACAGAUUCUCAUGGUGACUGGUGGCAAGGCUCAUUUUACUACUAAGUGAAUCUGGUGGUCUAUCCCUUGGAGAACAAGGAACUAAAAGGGAAGGGAGUGAACCUGGUUUCCUAGAUUGUUGGUAGUAGUAACAGUUACCUGCAUCAUAGUGGACCCGCUUUCGUCCAAUGGUGGUGCCAGUAUUUAGAAGCAUCAUCACACCUGGGCAGAUGUAGUGUGUCUUUACCUUUACCUUUCAUGGUUUCUGCUUUAGAUGUGCAAUGUAAUGAACUUCUAGCACAGUAAGAGUUAGGUUGCAUAAAAGGUUCCAUGUCCAUUCUGCCAGUAAUAAGGGCGGCUUGGUAUCUGACUCCUUAGAGUCACAUGUUCCUUGUACAAUUGGAUCGUCGCUCCAAAGCAAAAAUGCUGGAGAAGCGGAGAUCACUUAACAUUGUACUACACCUUUACUGCUGGAAUUUGACAGAAAUUCGGAAA